AUGGCCAGUAUCACGACAUACACGAUGAAUACCAAAGAAGAAGCCCAGCGCUUAGACUCCGAAUUCUCAUCACAUAGAGAUAAAUUUGUGAUUCCUACUUUUCAAUCUUUGGGAAUCUCUAACACGGAGUUCCGGCCAUCCGAUAGCUCGAUUUACUUAUGCGGCAACUCACUAGGAUUGAUGCCCCGGAGCACAAAAAAAGCUAUUACAGAUGAAUUAGACGCUUGGGGUGAACGUGCGGUCGAAUCUCACUUCAAUCAUCCGGGGAAAAAUGCGUCAAAGACGCUGUGGGUCGACAUUGAUUUGCCAUUAGUACCACUCUUGGCUCCUAUAGUGGGAGCAUUGAAUAAUGAAGUGGCAGUCAUGGGUUCACUCACCGCAAAUUUGAAUGCUUUGCUCAUGUCAUUCUACAAGCCUAAGGGGACAAAAACCAAGAUUUUAUUCGAGAAACGAGCGUUUCCCUCAGACUAUUACGCCUUUCUCAACAUGGUGAUGUUACAUGGCUUUGAUGAGUCACAUUUGGUUCAAAUAGAGGUUCCUGAAGGUGAAACUUUCUUAGAAACGGACUUGAUUUUGCAACAUAUCGAAACCUACAAAGAGGAACUUGCACUCGUGUGCUUGCCAGGUAUUCAGUACUAUACGGGUCAAUUCUUUGAUAUUGAGACAAUUACUAAGGCAGCCCAUUCGCAUAACAUAGUUGUUGGAUGGGAUUUAGCACAUGCAGUUGGAAAUGUGCCUCUUUCUUUACACGAUUGGGGUGUGGAUUUUGCAGCGUGGUGCUCGUAUAAGUAUUUGAACUCUGGUCCGGGUGCUAUUGCCGGCAUUUUCGUACACGAGAAACACACAAAGGAGAACUCCACAUCCAACUUUACUCCACGACUUGCAGGCUGGUGGGGAAACAACGCGAGCGAUAGAUUCAAAAUGUUGGAGAUAUUCGAUCCGAUGCAAACUGCCUUGUCCUACAGACAGUCUAAUCCUAGUGUCAUUGACUGCGUGGCGUUAAAAGCAUCACUUGAAAUUUUUCAAGAGGUUGGAGGAGUAAAUGAGUUGAGAACAAAGAGCAUUCAAUUAACGAAGUUCAUGGAGAGGCUUUUGACUUCCUCUCGCUUCUACUUACAGCCAGGUGCAGACAAAGCACAAUUCGGAUUUAAAAUACUCACGCCAUUGAAAGCAGAAGAAAGAGGCUGUCAGCUUUCCUUGUUAUUUCAACCACAUCACGACGACCCCGCUCACGAUGUGAUGGAGCAAGUUUUCCUGUAUUUGCACAAGAAUGCUAUCAUUUGUGAUGAACGGAGACCAGAUGUGAUUAGACUUGCUCCGGUUCCUUUGUAUAACAGCUUUCACGAUGUCUAUAUCGCUAUAAAGAGGUUGGAAGAGGCGUUGAAUCAUAUUGAGAAGUGA